ACGGAUAAACAACGCGUUCGCGAAAUCGCGUUUGAUUAUUUUCAUAACGUAUCUACUCAAUGUAAAACUUGACAAACAAACUUAGAAGAGUCUUAGCCAUUUAUUCCUUGGUUGUGCCCUGUAAAGUGAAAAGAUAAUGCCUGGCGUCACAAGUAAAUUACCAGAUGGCUGGGAGCGUUCAGAAACGGCUAACGGCAUUCCAUACUAUGUAAAUCACGAAACUGAGAAAACCCAGUGGGAUCAUCCAGAAAUGGUUAGUCUACUGGAGGAGACAGAGAGUUUUAGCAACAUCAAGUAUGCCGCAUACCGAACAGCCAUGAAGCUGAGGGCUAUUCAGAAAAAAACUCAAUUGUACAUGGUUGAUCUGCGUGUAGUCAAGAUGUCGUUCAGUGAUGAAGGAAUUAACAAUGGAUAUGCAGAAGGAAACUUGUCUGUAGCAGAACUAUCCAAAAUCAUCAAUGCUGUUUUUGUCAAUCAGAACAGGGAUAAGAAUGGAUUUAUUGACGUGUCUCUGGCAAGUGAACUGACCCUUAACUGGAUGCUCAAUGUCUAUGAUCCGGAGAGAAAGGGAUAUGUGCCACUUCUUUCUUUGAAAGUCUGUCUUUCCAUUAUGUGCUCUGAAAAGAUUCAAGAAAAAUACAGAUAUUUGUUUUCACAACUUUGUAAUAACCAGGGAUUUUUGGAUAGAAAGAGACUUAAUUUGUUCCUUCAAGAGAUGCUGCGGAUUCCCAAGUACAUUUUUGAGGGCGCAUUCUUCAGUGGGUCAAGUGUGGAGCCAGCUGUGAGAAACUGCUUUGAAAGGGUGUCCAUUCCUGAUAGAGCAUCAGCAGAAGAGUUCAUCGAAUGGAUGAUCGCAGAACCACAAACAAUUGUUUGGCUACCUACACUUCACAGACUAGCUGUCUCAGAGACUGUGAAACACGAGUCAAAAUGCAAUGUAUGUAAGAUGUACCCCAUAGUCGGCUUCAGAUACCGCUGCUUAAAAUGUUUCAACUUCGACAUGUGUCAGGGAUGCUUCUGGUCUGGUCGAGUGAGUAAACAGCACAAAAUCGGUCACCCCACACAGGAGUACUGUCUAGUGUCGACACAAAAGGAGGACAUGAAAGACUUCGCCAAAGUAAUGCGAAAUAAAGUGAGUAAAAAGAAGAAAAGGCAAGAAGACCCAUCCAAAGGAAGGUUUAUUCCAAUCGAAAUGAAAGAGGUUGCCCCUUCUGAUGGCGAAGACGAGGAUUCUGUGGAUUUUGGCGCCCCGGAGAAAGUUUCACCAGGUUUAAACGUCAAGAACAGAGACCAUGCGGCUAGACUAGCAAGUCAUGAAACAAGAGAAGAAAGGAGCUCAUCCAAGGAAAAGCCUUCAGUGACUCGGUCCGUCAUCAGGGCUGAUGAACACGGUCUAAUACAACAUUACACAAAGAGCUUGACUAGUGAGCCAGAGUCGAUGUCUGCCAGUCCUACUCAAAACGCAAGGUACGGAGACAUUCAAAGCAAGGGAGACUUGGAGCAUCUGAUCAAAAGUUUGGAAAACGAUAACAGGGCCCUACAAGGCGAAAUCAAUGGUAUAUAUCAACUUCAACGCCAGCAUCAAAGGGAACAUAUUAUUGUCCCUACUGAGGGCCCUUCCAGAGAGGCCCAUUUACAACGCAAGAGGGAACGUUUGGAGGCACGUGAAGAAGUUCUCGAAGAGCAUAACUAUCAGUUGCAAGUUCAGCUCCAUCGUUUAAGGAUCCUUCUUCAACAGAAUGAAGCUAUGCAGCUCUCUUCGCCAAUAACGCCAGCAGCUCAGCCUUCUUCCAAGCCUCACACAACCGUGUCACCCUCAAUGGCGAUCGUUGCUCCUCCCCCUACAGUUUCCGAACCGAAUAAUACCAUGAUGUCAACGCGAGUUAAUUUUUCUGGUGGCUUUUACCAACCUCCUUCCGAGCCAGGCAUGUUACCAGCUCAGUCCCUAAACCAACAUUCCGUCGUUCCUCAGGCAACAUUUCUUACGCCAAGUCCAUCGCUGCAGCUAAAUUCUCCUCGGUGUUCCUUGUCGCCUAGACAUUUUUAUCAAAAACCCCAGUUCGGGGAUUUCCAGAGCAGCUUGGCACGUAAUUCUUUUCUUCUUAAAACGGCUGCAGAGUUGGGCGUGGUAGAUCGACUCGACACUUCUCACGAAGGGAUUGAGCUCAGUAAUAUUGUCGAUAGAAUAACAUCUACUUUCCCUUUGGAUGCUCACUCAGACUUGCCAGUUGAUAUACACAAUGAUAUUUUUCUCGCUGCAAGUAUGAUUGGCGAAGCAAUGCAGUCUAUGGUCACUGAAAUGUCGCGGAACGCAGAAUCUGAGAAAGCGGGACUGGAACCUAGCAGAAUAUUAACCAGAAGCAAUGACGGGACCGGCUGCUGUGGGAAGGAAAAUUUCCCUGACGAAGGAUGUCAUGGAGGAGACUCCUCUGGAAGAUUUCCAACUCGUAGUGAUCUAGGGUCGGAUUGAGGAUACCUCUUCGAAGAGACCUGGACUGGAAUUUCAGAGCGGAGAAUGCUGGAUAGAUGGAAGCUAUACAUAAACGCUUUACUGAAUGGCCAGUAUGAGACGAUCGUUCCGGUGAAAAUCAAUGUCUAUUGUCCAAGUUGUAGUUUCAGUUACUGCUGGCUGCCCCCUGCCAAGAGUUAUUUAUCAUGAAGAAUUCAAAGAUAACACAUAAAACUCCAUCUUUCGUCAGACUCAAAUAAACUGCCAAACAUGUUUUCUUGCGGAGGGAUGUGUAAUUCAGAGGGGAAAAAAAAAAGGAAACGACCUUUUACGUCGCGUUUCACUAGACCACGGAAG